AAUAUAUAUCGACAGUCGUUCAGCGCUAAGUGAAAAACAAAGCAAUUUCUUUGUUUUUCGGACAGUAUUUAAUUAAAUUCCGUUGGCCAGGGUCGCGCCUUAAUUGCCAAAAACACAUAUUUACCUUCCCUCCCCCGAUCGCUUGUUGCGCCUGUGCCGAUUCUUCUUUUGCAUGUCGAGUGGGCGGGCAAAAGAAAGUUAGCACGGAGAACAACAACGCAGGCGACUUGACCUCGCGACGAAGGAGGAGCAGAUCGAGAUGCAGAGCUACGGCCCUGGAGCCCCGGCAGCUCCGGCCGUGAAACGCCGUACGGACAGCUACGAGGCUGCCCAGCAACACCAGCAGUCGCCGGAGAGCGACGAGGAGUACGUGAACACCCGGAUUCUGCGUCGCCAGGUGCAGCUGCAGUCCACUCCAGUGGCCCCCGUCGUUCCGAUGACCAUUCCAGUGCCCACCUCCGGUGCCAGUGCUGUGCCCUCUGUGGAGGGGCAUGAGGAGCAGCCCGACUAUCCCGGAUCUUCGGCCGCAUCUUUCCAGGAAGAGCGAAUGCGCCGGAAGCUGCAGUUCUACUUCAUGAACCCCAUUGAGAAGUGGCAGGCCAAGCGCAAGUUUCCCUACAAGUUCGUCGUGCAGAUUGUCAAGAUCUUUCUGGUGACGAUGCAACUGUGCCUUUUUGCCCACUCGCGGUAUAACCACAUCAACUACACGGGUGAUAACCGAUUUGCCUUCUCACACUUGUUCUUGCGUAACUGGGACUCCUCCCGGGAGGUGGAGAGUUACCCGCCUGCCGUGGGGCCUUUUGCUCUAUACCUAAAAUCGGAGUUCUUCGACACUGUGCAAUAUGCCGUCGAUGGCUACGCCAAUGUUAGCCGAUCGAUUGGGCCUUAUGACUAUCCCACGCCCAACAACACAAUGCCGCCGCUUAAGCUGUGCCUUCAGAAUUACCGGGAGGGCACCAUUUUCGGAUUCAACGAGUCCUACAUUUUCGAUCCCCACAUCGACGAGGUGUGCGAGAGCCUUCCGCCGAACGUGACCACUAUUGGGGUGGAGAAUUAUCUCAAACAGCGCGAUGUGGAGGUCAAUUUCGCAUCACUCGUCUCCGCACAGUUAACGUUCAAGAUUAAGACGGUGAAUUUUAAGGCUAACGGGGGUCCGCUGUCUGCACCCGAUUGCUUUCGGUUCGACAUUUCCAUAAUGUUCAACAAUCGAGACCAUGACGGCCAGAUGCUGCUCUCGCUGGAUGCGGAGGCGACGCGACUCAAGUGUCACGGAGCCACGGACUUUAUAUCGGAGGCGAACUUCGAUUCCAUGCUGCGAAGCGUACUCAAUAUAUUUGUCCUACUAACUUGCGCAUUAUCGUUCGCUCUCUGCACGAGGGCAUUGUGGAGGGCGUACCUGCUGAGAUGUACAACUGUGAACUUUUUCCGGUCGCAUUUCGGCAAGGAGCUGAGCUUCGACGGGCGACUGGAGUUUGUUAACUUUUGGUACAUCAUGAUCAUCUUUAACGACGUCCUGUUGAUCAUAGGAUCAGCUCUGAAAGAGCAAAUCGAAGGAAGGUACUUGGUGGUGGACCAAUGGGACACCUGCUCGCUCUUUUUGGGCAUCGGCAACCUGCUCGUAUGGUUCGGGGUGCUGCGAUAUCUCGGCUUCUUUAAAACCUAUAACGUUGUUAUACUGACACUGAAGAAAGCGGCACCAAAGAUCCUGCGCUUCCUUAUCGCCGCCUUGUUGAUAUAUGCCGGUUUCGUCUUUUGCGGAUGGCUAAUUUUGGGUCCCUACCACAUGAAGUUUCGAUCGCUGGCCACCACGUCCGAGUGUUUGUUCGCGCUGAUCAACGGCGACGAUAUGUUCGCCACCUUUGCCACGCUCUCGAGCAAGGCCAACUGGCUGUGGUGGUUCUGCCAGAUUUACUUGUACUCGUUCAUAUCUCUGUACAUUUACGUGGUCCUGUCUCUGUUUAUCGCCGUCAUCAUGGAUGCCUACGAUACUAUUAAGGCUUACUACAAGGAUGGCUUUCCCACCACCGAUCUCAAGGCAUUUGUUGGCACUCGCACCGCGGAGGACAUUAGUUCCGGGGUCUUUAUGACCGAUCUGGAUGACUUUGACCAGACAAGCUUCGUGGACGUAGUGAAAACCAUUUGCUGCUGCGGAUGCUGUCGACGUGAACAGGAGCCGGUGCAGGGCAACAGCGGCUACACCAGCCUUUCUAGUAUUAUGAAGUAACUGGAUGCACCACGCCUAGUCGCAGGUCUUUAUUUUGUUGUGUUUUGUCAGCUUUAUGUGUGUAGUCGUACAUGUUGUUAGCUUUUUGUAUUAGUUUGUUUCUUUGCCAAAGCACUUGAAUCGAGAUAAGAUAUACGAUAACGAACGUACCUUUGAGAAAUUCCGAUAGCAUAUGCUCUGGUUACACACAUCAGCCGAGUUCAGAUUUCCACUUUUGCAUAUUUAUUUUGAACAUGAUUUGCAAAAAUACAAAACUUGACUCCAGAUCGUUUUUCCUUAUUGUUCUAAUUCAACAUUUUAUUAGGAUAAAAGAGCAUUAUAAGUUGAAAAUGUUUGUGAUUAAUUAUGUGAAAGUGAAAAUCGAAAGCCAGUCUGUGAAAUUGCUCCACCAUGUUGUGGUUCGCGAAACCACAAAACCGCAAAAUUGCUUUUACGAGAGAUAUUAAGUGUGUGAUAUAGGGCGGAAUUAUAACCAGAGAACAAUAGAAAUAGUAAUUAGGGUAGCUAUUUUUGCCGGGUAUAUCAACAUGGAUUUGAUCAAGAUCUUCCAUGAGAACAAAUGCAUCCAAACGAGUUUACGUACAAAUCUGAAAGUCACACCAACUAAAAGUAUGAAAUUACACGGGUCGACAAAAACCUUGGUAGUCUAAGAAAACUAUUUUUUUAGAACUUAUUUCUUUAAGUGGAAAAAUUCCAGGUUUUAGUCGACCUGUGUUGUUAACACAAUACCCUUAGUUAAGACUAAAUUAGAAACAUUUAUUUAUGUGUACAAGGAAAGCUUUGUAUGAACAACCAAAAACUAAAAAUCAAUAAACUGAUGAAAGAACUAAAA